UCCUCCCAGAUCGUGCCCCUUUAUCGUCACGUGGUCUCUCAUUAGCCAUACAAGAAAGAUGGCUACUUCUAGCUAGCUACACUUGGAGCUCUUCUUGUUUUUUCUUGUGGACACUAAAGCGGAGCAGAUUUUUCCAGCUGUCAUGGAAAACCGACACAAGCGAGUGAAUCCAGAGCAAGAUGCUUUGGUGCACAUUGUGGCUUGCAGAGACAAACCCUUUCUGGAAGAAAGGUUCAUAGACUCCUUUAAAGGAAAAGGUGUCUUUACAAACAAAACCAUUAAAGCAUCUGCCUUUGUUGUCGAGUAUCGUGGGAAGAUCUUUCCUCGCAAAGACGGGAGGCCUAAGGAGAGAAGCGGUGAUACUUUGAAUGGUUUCUUAUAUGAGUUUACAUGGAAUGGAGAACAGUGGUGCGUUGAUGCUUCCAAAGAGGACAAGACCCUUGGAAGGCUUGUGAAUGAUGAUCACAUAAGUCCAAACUGUGAAAUGAAGAAGAUUGUUUAUGAGGGGAAGCCACACUUGUGCCUCUUUGCAGUGGGAGAAAUACCUCAAGGCAAAGAGAUAACUUACAACUACGGCAGCUCCUAUUACUCGUGGCGUCCCAAGGAGUCAUGUGAUGGACCAACUACUUCAGACAAAAAAAUGUAUCCAAUUUCAUCAACACCCAAGAAAAGAAGAUUUGAAGACUCGGAUGAUGACAGCGAACUACCCGGUCAUGACAGUGACCGCUCUGCUGAUCUUGGAAGGUCAUCCAGGGACAGUUCGCCACAUUCUGAGUUAGAUUCUCAAGAGACAACGAAAAACUUCAGGAGAGUGUCAUCAAUUCAGGAGGAUGACACUUCGAGUUCUGAUGAUCAUGACUCGGACAAAGACAAGAGAUACAAAGAAGACAGAUACAAAGGAGACAGAUCCACUAAGGCUGGACUAAAAGGCGGAGGAACAUCUUUCACAAAGAAAAAUUACUGUUAUGUUUGCGGGAAAGGUUAUCACAAAAUUGCUCGGCAUCUUUCAAGGCACAUCGAUGAAGACCCUGAAAUCGCUGAAAUCUUUGCUUUACCCAAAAACUCAGCAGAACGUAAAAGUCUGCUGGCCAAAUUACGAAAAAGAGGAAACUACAAACAUAAUCAAGAGGUUCUGAGGAGUAACACAGGAGCGCUAAAAGUGGGAAGACGAUCAUCCCGCUAUGUAAUGACUGCUGAAAAUUUUGUGCACUGCAUUUAUUGUAAAGUAAUGCUUCAUAGCAAAGACCUAUAUAGGCAUGUAGCAAAGUGUGCUAAACAAACAAUAAAUGCUGCAACACAUGGCGAGACGAGCAUCUUGGGGGACGUCACCGAGUCGGAGUUCUCUGAAAAGUUUCCGUCUGAAGUUUGGGAGAUACUUUCAGUGAUGAAACAAGAUGAAAUUGUAUUUUUAAUUCAACACGACUACCUUUUCAUGAAGAUGACCCAGAGUCUUAUUGAGAACACUGAAAAUACUCCGACAAACCAAGAGCGCGUCAGACAGAAGCUGAGAAAAAUAGGAAGGCUCUUGAUAGAGCUCCAUGAUAAGGGAAUAGUGAGUUUUGAAGCAGCACUUAAACCCAGAAGCUUCUACAAAGUUGCCGCUGCUGUCAGAAACCUCGCUGGUUUUGAUGAAAAAAAGCAGAAGUACAGCAAACCGAACCUUGCCUUGUUUUUUGGAAAUGCUCUGAAAAAACUGGGAGAACUUGUUGUCACACAGAGCGACAGCAGUAAGGAGGCCGUGAGAGAUGCUAACACAUUCAUGACGCUGUGUGCGAAGGAGUGGAAGGAAAUUGUCCCUCACAAUGAUGCACCUUCAUCAAGUGAACAGAAAGUACACAGCCCCUCUACGAUACCGUUCACACGUGACAUACAGGCGUUCUACACGCACCUGGAAAAGACUUCUGCUUCUGCCACUGAGUGCUUUAAGAAGUAUGAAACCCCUCAGAUGUACAAUGCACUUUGCAGAGUCAUACUUGCACAGGUGUCAGUCUUAAACAAAUGUGCACCCGAGGUUUCAAAAAUUACCCUUAAGUCAUUCCAGGAGCGGGACGAGACUACCCAGGUGUUGUCCAAGCACUUUAUCAGGAUUAAUAUUGCAGGCAAGACUGGGCAGAACGUUGCUGUUUUGUUGACGUCUCAGCUCGUCAGCGCGUUAACGCUGCUUGUGAGCAAGAGACCAGCGUGCCGCGUACACAAAGACAAUCCUUUCUUGUUUGCAAAGCCAGACGGUUCAUCUACAAGCCUCUACCACGGAGGCCACUGCGUUCGGGUCUACACAAAAAUGUGCUCUGCAGAGAACCCAGAGCACCUCACGUCCGUACAUUUUCACAAGCACAUUGCAAGAAUUUUCCAGAUUCUUAACUUGGAGAAUGACGAGCUACCUCACCUUGCUAAACUGCUGGGUCAUGACAUCCGGAUGGACAGGGAUUAUUAUCGGCUGCCCGAAGCGGCUGUUGAACUCGCAAAAAUAGCUAAACUGCUUCUGGCAAUGGAAAAAGGCUCUCUUGAAAGAUUCAAAGGAAACUCUCUGGAUGAGAUUGAGAUUGAAGAUGAAUUGGAGCCAGAUACGGAGCAGGGCAGCUCUGUGGUGGACUGUGAAGAGUCAGAUUUUCUACUUCAGCAGAGCGAUGAUGUGGAUCAGCAAGGCGGACAGCUAACUCCUGAGCAGGAUGCCCUGCAGCAUAUAAAGGCAUGCAAGGACAAAUCCUUCCUGAAGGAAAUGUUUAUUAAUUCCACUAAAGGGAGAGGUGUGUUCACCAAUAAAGCCAUUAAGCCAUCCACCUUUGUUGUUGAGUAUCGGGGGAACGUCUCAACCUGUGGAGAAACCCGUACAGAGAAAUGUGUAGACACCCUAAACAAUUUCUCGUUUGAGUUCUCCUGGAACGGAACAAACUGGUGUAUUGAUGCUUCUGCAGAGGAUGGGACUCUCGGACGACUCGUGAAUGAUGAUCACAUAAGCCCCAACUGCAAAAUAAAGAAAAUCGCUCAUGAGGGGAAGCCACAUCUGUGCCUGUUUGCUCUGAAGAAAAUAUCUCCAGGCGAGGAGAUAACUUACAACUAUGGGCAGUCCUCUUAUGCGUGGCGAUCAGCAGAUCAAAACAAAGAACCACAAACAUCAGAAAUGGAGACUGCAGCGUCGUCGACAGUGGAUGAAAGAGUUGAAAACUCAGAUGAGGAAUUCAGUUCUGCAGAAUGCUUCUCUGAUGAAGAUUAUGUCUUUGACAAUGAACCAAGCAAUGAUGACAGUUUUACCGAAAACGAUGACCAGGAUCAGGAAUUUGGAGAAAAUGCAGAUGACUCGAAGGCCGGUUCUUCCAAAGGGCCAAACGAUAUGUCGGACUCUGAUGAGUCUGACUAUGAUGGAAAGUCUAAAGACACUUCCUUCACUAACAGAAAUUACUGUUACGUUUGUGGGAAACCUCAAACUAAAAUUUCUCGUCACCUUUUCACGCAUAGAAAGGAAGAACCUGAAAUUGCUGAAGUGUACGCAAUGCGCAGGAACAGCAAGGAACGCAAAAAGCGUCUCGAGAUGUUGCGAAACAAAGGAAACUACAAACACAACCAAGGAGUCUUGAAGGCUCGCAGAGGAAAACUGAAAGUGGAAAGAAAAUCAGUGAUGUCCACACUUAAAACAUUUGCAACUUGUGUAUAUUGUAAACGCAUGUAUCAUCGUAAAGUGGUGUGGCAUCAUAUGCAAAAGUGUCCCUCAAUGGCAUCCAAUAAACUUCCAGAAGGCUUUCAGAGUCAAAUCUUAACUUUGGUUGCUGCCACUGGACUAACGGACCCUGAACAGAUCUCAACAGGUGUGAAGAAGAUGUUGAAAAAAAUGAAGAAAGACGAUAUUUCCUCUGUAGUUUGUGAAGAUUCUUACAUAUUACAACUGGCACAAUGUUGCUACCACAUGAGAGAGAAGAAACAGAAUCAGGGAUACGUCACUCAGAAGCUGAGGCAAAUGGCACGGAUCCUGAUGACUUUAAGAAAGAAGUCAAUAAACAGCUUCGAAGAUGCAGUCAAGCCCCAAAACUUCAGCGCCGUUGUAGAAGCUGUUGGGGAGAUUGCGGGCAUCAAAGAGGGGUCGAAGUCGUUUGACAAACCAUCUCUCGUUUGGAAGCUUGGAAAUUCGCUGAAGAAGAUCGCUGACAUUAAAUACGCCAGGGCUUUGAAGGAUGGUGAUGAAGAGGUGUUAGAGGAAGCUGAGGCAUUUAUUAAGCUGUGUACGAAAGAAUGGCCCUCCCAUGCAAAAUCACAACCAAAAACACCCUGCCAGCCAACCUUACAGUUUACACAAGAUGUGAUGCUGCUCUACAAGUGCCUGAACAGGACAACAGCUUCUGCAGUCCAGAGCCUGAUGAUGUAUGCAGUAACACCGGUCUACAAUGCGCUUCUUAAAGUGGUACUUGCAUUCGUGUCCUUCUUAAACAAAAAUAUUCAGGACGUUUCAAGGAUGACACUCCAGUCAUUCAAGGAAAGGGCUUCCACAGAGCUUCAGGAAGAUGCUGCUGGUUCACAGAACCAGUUGGAGCAAAUUCUGUCCAAGCACCAAGUCACGAUCAGUGUUGGUAACUCAAAUGGAAAAAAAUUUGCUCUUACUUUGAGCCCUGAUAUGCUUUCUGCGCUAACAGUGCUUGUGGACAAGAGGGACACAUGUGGAGUAGGUAAGGACAAUCCCUUCUUAUUUGGGAAACCUGGUGGCAAAGGGUCAGACUUUCACAAGGGACACGCAUGUAUCAGGAUGUUCGUUAAUCGCUGUGGUGCAAAGAACCAGGAAGCUCUCAGGUCUCAGUGUUUUCGUAAGUACAUAGUAAGAAUUUUCCAGAUUCUCAGCCUUAAAAAUGACGAACUCGCUCAGCUGGCUAAGUUGUUGGGCCGUGACAUUCAGACAGACUGGGAGUAUUAUCAGAUGCCCGACGCAGCUGCUGAUGUUGCAAAAAUCUCAGAGCUGCUGUCGGCACUGGAGAAUGGAUCUCUUGAACGAUUCGAAGGAAAGACUCUUGAGGAAAUUGAGAUUCCAGAUGAAUUGCAGCCAGUCAUGGAGCCUGUCACCCCCAGAAACAGCGAUGCUGAGGAAGAUGAUGAAGGUAAAAAAAGCAAAAGAAAGCAAAGCCAAAGAAAGAAAAAGAAGAAGGAGACUGAAAAAGAGCAGCCGGAGCCAAAUGAAAAUGAAGCUGUGAACACAGAGAAAGAGGACAAGGCAGAGGACAUGCCAGUGAAGGGUGACAUCAGCAAACCUGUGGAGAAGAAAUCUUUUAACACAGCCCUUGAGCCAAGUAUUUAUUUCAGUGACGAUGAUGAGGACAUGAAUGUGAAUUUUGACAUCGACAUAGACACUGAUGACGACGAUGAUAGAAAUGAGGAGAUUGCUGCAGAUGGUUGCUCAAACAGCUCAGGUGCAAAGCCCAGGGUAACGGAUGAAGAUACAACAACAGAAGUCAAGAAGAGCAACAAGGAUGGUGACGGAAAGCAGAAAAAUACGUCUCCAGACGAGCACAGUGCUGAUGAACAACUCGCAGAGACAAUGGAUAUCGACACAGAGAACCAUGUGGAGGAGGACUAUGAUGAAGAUGAUGACUGGAUGGAUGUGGACAGUAAUGAUUCUGCUCCCACUUUAAAUAAAGUCACAGAAAAGAAGACCAACCUAUCAGUGGCCAUGACUCUGAUGAAAGAAGUGAAGAUAGUUAUCCCAAAACUAGACAUCGAGAAGGUGCAGCGUCCCAUUCACAUUUCCCAGUUGUCAUCUUUGAGUAACAAGCAGCCAGUGGAAGAUAAACCCGUCCAUGAUGACAAGACGCAGAGUGCAAAACCUUCCCCACUUACAGAGGUCACAAACAAACCCAGCUCUGCAAAGGCAGUGCACAUGAACUGCUCCCGCUGCAAAAAGAGCAUGACGAAGGGACACACUGCUUACCAGAAGAAGGGCUUCUCAGACAUCUUCUGCUCCAAAAACUGUCUGUUUGAGAUGUUUUCUUACAACAAACCGGCCACCAAGAGCUGUCACCAAUGUCAUAAGGCGAUAUCGCAGCCUCUGGACCUCAUCAUGGCUGCUGUGGACACUAAAGGAACUAUGAAGGACUUCUGCAGCCCGGCCUGCUUGAGCUCUUUCAAGUCUGCAUCCACCCAAACACGAAAAUCAGUCUGCAACAUAUGCAAAAAAGUCUGCAGUACCAAAUGUGAGCUGACCCUGAACGAGGCCGUCAUCAGGUUUUGCAGCCACGCAUGCUUAGAUGAUUUCUGCAAGAACAACAUGGGAAUCUGUGAGAAUUGCAGCUCUGUGUGCCGCAGCCAACCGCUAAUGCUGAAGCUGGAGGAUGAUACCAAAACAUUCUGCAGUGGUGGUUGUCUGAAGCGGUUCAAAGAGAACUCCAGGAUGCUCCAACGCUGCACCAUGUGCCUCUCUUCACGACCUGUCUCGGACAUGGUCAACUUGAAAAACGAUGAGAACGUGGUGCAGCUCUUCUGCGGCCGCUUUUGUGUGAAAUCUUACAAGCUGCGACCGACAGAUGAGAUGGAUCAAGUGAAGAGAAAAACCGAUAACCAAUCAAAAGAGACGAACACUGAGGAUGUGAGGAUGUGUUCGCCCUCCCGCGAAAACGAUGCCUCUCCUGCUGCUGUCGAACCAAACGACACAGUGUUGCUCAUCGCCGACGCGUGCACGCUCUGUUUCCACUGCAAAAAGAAUUUGUCGGAAGGAGAGACACUUUACAAGCCAAAAGACACAGAGGAGUUUUUUUGCUCCAUGGCCUGCUUACAUGAAAAGCGUCGCGAGAUCAAAAUACCCAUCAAAAAGUGCCACAACUGCUUUCAGGUGAUUGCGCGGCCUCAAAACAUCAUCCUGGCUCCGGUGGAUGAUUCAGGAACUAUGAAGGAGUUGUGCAGCAAUACAUGUCUCUCCUCUGUCACAUCCAAAAUGAAAAAGGCUGCUACUAAGCCUCCAUCAAAACAGGGACCUAGUUCACUGUGCAGGAUGUGUGCCAGAUGUUGUUAUUGCAAAUUCACGGUGAUCCUGAAUGGCGUGGUCCACAGACUUUGCAGUGACUCCUGCUUCAUGAGCUACCGCAAAGUCAACAACCUGCGCUUGUCUCUCUGCAACAUGUGUGACGCCGUCUGCUACAGCAAAUGUCUCAUGGUGAAGAUGGAGGACGGCAGUAAAGCCCUCUGCAGUGAUGAAUGUCUGGUCAAGUUUAAAGAGAAAGUUGACACUCGUCAGCUCUGCCCCAUGUGCCAGACGUCCCAUCAGCUGUCAGACAUGAUUGAAAAUAAAAACGACGAGGGCAGGCUGGAGUUCUUCUGCAGCAACAGGUGUAUGAUGGUGUACGAGGCCCAGACCUUCACUGUGACGGAAAAGAAAAGCUCUUCAUCUGAAGUUUGUGAGGUUAAAGACGUGAAGCCAUCUGUAAAACAUCUCGACUGCAUCAAAACAGAGCCCAUCGAUGAGGGGUACAGCCAGAGUCUCACAGCCUCAGUUUCUCAUCAGGACAUCAAGAAGGAGCCAAAUGUAGUAAAAGAGGACUUAAAGAUUGGGUCGGUUUUCUCCUUGACCGAUGAAUCCAAACCUGCAGAGCCCUCACUCAUCAACACGGAUGUGCCUGCAUCGUGCUCCACCUGCAAACAGGCCCUGAUGGAUGGAGAGACAAUUUACCAGAGGAAAAACCACACCGGUGUAUUCUGCUCCACUUCCUGCCUUCUGAAGUUUUACCAAAAGAUACCAGUUAGGAGGACGUGCCACUUCUGUCUUCAAGUGAUAACACAGCCUCAGGACAUCCUCCAGGCCCCGGUGGAUAACGAGGGGACAAAUAAAGAUUUCUGCAGCCAGACCUGCCUGUCCUCCUUCAACUACAAGAAACAAGUGUCCACCAAAAUACCCGUGGCUCCCGUCUCAUCACACUCACAAUGUAGCAUGUGCAGCAGAUAUUGCAUUAGCAAACACGAGAUCACGAAAGAGGGCGUCAUCCACAAGAUCUGCAGUGAGUCGUGUUUUCUGCGGUUCUGCGGCAUGAACAACAUCACCGUCUGUGCGAACUGCCGCGCACACCGCAAAACACCCCUCACGCUCAAGAUGGAGGAGGGCGGCAACAAACUUUGCAGCGCAGAGUGUCUGGCCCAAUUCAAGCAGAAAAUCCAAACCCCACAGCCGUGCACUAUGUGCCGUAACACUUCUCCGAUAUCAGACAUGGUUGAAAACAAAAACAGUGAAAAUGUUGUGGAGCUCUUCUGCACCAAAGGCUGCGUGUCGGCAUUCAAGAUCCAGGCUGUCAAUUCAUCAGGUGCCUCAUUGAAUUGUGACCACUGUGGUAAGACUGCAGUGCCAACCUGUCACCUUGCCAUGUCAGAUGCCUCCAUCAGAAAUUUCUGCACUCUUAAGUGUGGCAUGGAUUUCAGGGAGAGCCAGAAUCCAGCAGGAGUCCCCGAUAAAAGUCAAAGGGAUUUCCUCCAUCCACCACUGAAGCUGCUAUGUGCCCAGUGUCAAAGUCUCGUGUUAACUACACCCAAAGUCAUCCAGAGAAAGGAAAAAAUAUACUUCACAUGUAGUGUGGCCUGUUUUCAAGAAUUUAAGAGGGUCAACAGCAUCACGGCUACCUGUGAAUACUGUAAGAAUGAAAGAAUCAUCAAAGACGUCAAGAGAAUCGGCGGCAAAGACUGCUGCUUCUGCAGUGAUGCCUGCAAGACGCUCUUUUGCCAAGAGCUAAAAGGGAAGUGGGGUAAACACUGUCGCUCGUGCAGUUACUGCCAGUCGAUAUCCAAGAGUCUGGUGACGACACCGGGUGAAGAUAUGGACAUCGAGUUCUGCUCUGAAGCCUGCUGCUCAAAAUACAAAAUGCUCCUCGGACAUGUGGCAAAAUGUGACACCUGCAGUCACAAAGGGAAACUAAAGCAGAGUUUGCCGCUGCUGGGAGAGGUCAAAUACUUCUGUGGCAUGAAGUGUCUCCUACACUUCUGCAGUAACAAGGUUCAGAUGCUCGACGGAGAAGUCUCUUCAUCUCUGGUAUCUGCAGCACCAGCAGAGUCCUCUCCUGUCAUUGGGAAUGUUAUAUCUUUGGCUAAUGCUCUGACCAGGCAGCACAGCGGCUCAGCAGCCUCUCCACAGCUUGGCUCCAUCACUGACAUUCAAACAAAGGUCAUUGGACAUGCCAGCGUUCAGACUGUCCCAAAGGAGCUGAAGAACAAGUCGAUCAUCUGUACUCCGCUGGUUCAUAACAAAGGGGUCUCCUGUACAGAAGAGGCUCUUAAAAUAGAGACACAAAAAGAAGACCGUCGUGAUCCUAAAGUCGUAGUCCUGCCUGUCCCAGUGCCGGUUUAUGUUCCUGUGCCUAUGAACAUGUACAGCCAGUACGCUCCACAGCCGGUGGGCCUGCCCUUACUGCUGCCUGUGCCCCUGGUCCUCCCUGUGAAGAAAGAUGGCUCUGAGCCAACGGUGAAAUCCACAACAGAGAGUUUGCAUCCUGAACACUUACAGGGCGAGCUCAUCAGGCCUGAGACGGGGAGAGAGCAGAGAGAGGAAGGGCAGAAGCAUGGACAGAUGAUAAAAGAAGAAGAAAGACCCAAGCCUUCAUCCCUGCAGGCUCUGGAAACUCCUCAGAGAUCACCCGUCGCUCCUCCUGCUCCAAUUUUAGUACCACAAACUUUGGACAAAGACAAGAACAAGGAUUGUAACCUGGAGCAGCUUUCAAAGAAAGAUGAGCAAGACACUCCUGAAACAGACUUUACUCAACUUGUGUCUUCAAAGCAAAACACCCUGAAGAGUCAAUGUGGAGUUGAUGCCUGGAAGAGAUGGAUCAAGUGGAGAGAGUCACAAACCAACCUGGAGCCCGUUUCUUCUCAUGCACUGACGCUGAAGGCGGACCUCCUUCGCUGCUCUGUGGCUGAACUGAGCGACUGCCUGCUUUGCUUCAUCAGGGAGGUGAAACAAUCGGAUGGCGAGCCGUACUCCCCCAACAGGCUGUUCUACCUCUGCCUCAGCAUUCAGCUGUUUCUGUUUCAGAACGGUCGGCUGGAGAACAUAUUCAGUGAUCUCAUCUACGACAGGUUUUCCACUGAGUUGACCAAGAUCCUUAAACCUUCAGUCACAGGCGGAGGUUGUGUCCUGUCCUGUGUGGAGGAGCAGUUUCUGUGGGACUGUAAACAGCUGGGGGCGUACUCCCCCACUGUCCUGCUCAACACGCUGCUCUUCUUCUUCUGCAAGUACUUUGGCUUCACCACAGUCGAGCAGCACCGCCGGCUGUCCUUUGCAAACAUCACACUCUGCACCAAAACCAGCAAGAGCAACACCAAGACCACCUUCCUACGCUUCCACCCACCUACUUGUACAAACCAGGAAGAGUCGGACACGUAUGACGUCCCAGCUAAGAAGGUUAAGAAAAACGAGUCUGAGGAGGAUUUCCUGGAGAUGAUGGAGAACCAGGAGAACCCCCUUCGUUGUCCAGUCAGACUCUACGAGUUCUACCUCUCCAAGUGUCCAGCAUCGCUGAGGCAGCGCAGCGAUCUUUUCUACCUCCAGCCAGAUCGGAGCUGCCUUCCCAGCAGCCCUCUGUGGUUCUCGCCCGCCCCGCUCAAUGACAGCAGUGUGGAAGCCACGAUCAUCCGAAUCCUUGCUGUCCGAGGGCUGCAGGAGGGGGCGAGAGAGGGUACAUGUAUGGCCCCGUAACCACUGGAUGACCCAUCAUUUACACCUGAUCAGGAGGACUCAGUGUUUGAAGGACUUUUUAAUAAGUACAUCAAGAUUGAUUCAAAAAUAUAUACAUAGUACAAACAUGAACAUGAUUCAAUGAAAGAUGGCUGUUUAAAAACACACUGUUUAUGAACAAGUGGCAGAAAGACACAAGAUGUUUCCAUCAGCAGCUUUUGGAAGCUAAAAAUAGAGCUAAAAGAGACUUUAGAGAUUACAAUUGAAUUUAAAACUGUUUCUUAAACUGUAAAUAAGAGUUUCAUCAUGCCAGCUCCAUAUGUCAAUACUAUAUCACCAGUUUGCCUUGAAUUUUGGCUGACCAGUCAGUCAGCAGGCGUGUGAAAGAAGAAACCUCCCAGCAAUAUUAAAAUCUGAACAGAAACCCGCCGCACAUCUGUGCCAGUGUUCCUGUCAUAACUCGUUCCACAUCAAGUUGUCAGCGAUGUUUUGUUUUCUCUUCGUGCUGCUGAUAGCGAAAGUUCUGCAUUGGUUAAAAGGCUGAUCUGAACCCUGCAGACCAGCAACAAAUGUCUCUGUUACUGUAAAAGUUCCUCUCAAGUUUCCAAAAUUAAAUGUCAACUGUUGGU